GAUAAAUGUAAAUGAAGUUGAGUCUACUAUUAGGGUGGGGAAUUUAGAUAUUGAAGGAAUUAGAAAAGGAGAAUUUGAUGCAGGAUUUUUGGUUAUUUUAAAAUGCACUCAUGUAAGAAAAAUAGUAUUUCAAAUAGCUGGUUUGUCAAAGAAAAAAAUUAUCAUUACAACUUAUGAUAAAAUAUGCGAUGUCGUUAAAGAAACAAUUAAUGACUUAAUGAUAGAAAGAAUCAAUACAUUAUAA